UCCCCAGGAGGAGCCAACAUGGGCCACUUCCUCUGUAGUUUUGUGGGCAGGUUUGUCUCGGAGGAGUCCACAUUCUGACUGGAGUUGUGGAGUGUAAAGGUAACCACUGGUUUUUCGUUUCAAAGAUCUGGCGAAAAGAUAGGCUGGAAAAGCCUGACUGGUCGGAUUCCUGUCAGGGCUCAGCCUUCAAGAGCUUCACCCCUUAUCCCCUGGCGCCUGGAACACUGAAGCUCCCCAGGAGACCUCUCCAGAGAAGCGCGGGGGUUCCAUCACUUCCCCCCCAAAUGGCUAAUCCUGGAGGUGGUGCUGUUGGCAAUGGUACCCUGCACAACUGCAAGACAGAGAGCAACUGUGUGCAGGGCGGACACUGCACCAAGAAUGGAAUAGUGAGAGAAGCCCAGCAAAAUGGGAAACCACAUAUUAACAUGGAGAUUGAGGAGUCCUUUGAAGAAGCACCUCUUCAUGUUAUGGUUUUCACUUAUAUGGGAUAUGGAAUUGGAACCCUGUUUGGUUAUCUCAGAGACUUUUUGAGAAAUUGGGGAAUAGAAAAAUGCAAUGCAGCCGUAGAGCGAGAAGAACAAAAGGAUUUUGUGCCCCUGUAUCAAGACUUUGAGAAUUUUUAUACGCGAAAUCUUUAUAUGAGAAUCAGAGACAACUGGAACCGGCCUGUCUGCAGUGCCCCAGGACCUCAUUUUGACAUGUUGGAGAGGGUGUCUGAUGACUAUAACUGGACGUUCAGAUUUACUGGAAGAAUCAUCAAAGAUGUCAUCAACAUGGGUUCCUAUAAUUUUCUUGGCCUCGUUUCCAAGUACAACGAGUCUAUGAGGACAGUCAAGGAGGUUUUAGAGAGGUAUGGCACAGGUGUGGCCAGCACCAGACAUGAAAUGGGUACCUUGGAUAAGCAUAAAGAGUUGGAGGACCUUGUGGCUAAAUUUCUGAAUGUAGAAGCAGCUAUGGUCUUUGGAAUGGGAUUUGCAACUAAUUCAAUGAAUAUCCCUGUACUAGUUGGAAAGGGAUGCCUAAUUUUAAGUGAUGAGUUAAACCACACAUCUGUUGUGCUUGGGGCCCGACUCUCAGGCGCAACCAUAAGAACCUUCAAACAUAACAACAUGCAAAGCCUGGAAAAGCUCCUGAGAGAUGCUAUCAUUUAUGGCCAGCCUCGAACCCGCAGAGCUUGGAAAAAGAUUCUCAUUCUGGUUGAGGGCAUCUACAGCAUGGAAGGUUCCAUUGUGCGGCUUCCCCAGAUCGUGGCCCUAAAGAAGAAAUACAAAGCUUACCUCUACAUAGAUGAAGCUCACAGUAUUGGGUCAGUGGGCCCAACCGGCCGGGGCGUUUCCGAAUUCUUUGGAAUAGACCCUGGAGAUGUUGAUGUGCUCAUGGGCACGUUCACCAAAAGCUUUGGAGCCGCAGGAGGUUACAUAGCUGGAAAGAAGGAACUUGUGGAUUACAUACGGGUCCACUCACAUAGUGCUGUUUAUGCUACAUCCAUGAGCCCUCCAGUGGCAGAGCAAAUCAUCAGAGCAAUGAAACUCAUCAUGGGACUGGAUGGGACCACGCAAGGGCUGCAGAGAGUACAGCAACUUGCAAAAAAUACGAAAUACUUCAGACAGAGACUGCGGGAAAUGGGAUUCAUUAUCUAUGGCAAUGAUCACUCUCCUGUUGUUCCUGUGCUCCUUUACAUGCCUGGUAAAGUGGCGGCUUUUGCAAGGCAUAUGUUAGAGAAAAAAAUUGCAGUGGUUGUCGUUGGAUUUCCAGCCACUCCCCUGGCAGAAGCUCGGGCUCGGUUUUGUAUUUCAGCAUCGCAUACCCGGGAGAUGUUAGACACGGUUUUGGAAGCCACUGAUGAAAUAGGUGAUCUCCUGCAAGUGAAAUAUUCCCGGCACAGGCAUUCAGCACGCCCUGAGCUCUAUGACGAGACAAGCUUUGAACUCGACGAUUGAGUUUCCUGGUCCUGAAUGGAAUAUGAAGACUUUGCCAGAAAGAUCUCCCUCCUUACCUCAGAAGCAAUCUAAAUGGAUUUCUCCUCCUUCCUAAGGACUAGUUUGAUUGAAAUGAGGGAGACACUGCUGUGUUUUUAAUGUCUCUAACUCGGGACCUCAGAAACAAACAUGGUUCCAGAUUUAAGUUUCUCCUCUCUCAAGCUUUCUGCUAGAAAUACACACAGACACAUGCACACACAUGCCUACACACACGUACACUUCUUAGGAUAUUUUUUAGUGGCAAUGAGCCUAUGUUUUAGCUGCUACAGUGAAGCCUCUUUGGUCCAGAUCCUUUCAGCGGAUCCAGCCAAACGAGAGGAUUUUGAGUUUUAAUUUUGUUAUCUCACUAUGUGUUUACUCAUUUCACCUACAGAUGUGAGGGUGGUGGAAGGUACCUGACUUCUGUGUUCCACCCAUAAAAGUACCAGCUAGAACUCAUCCGUAUCAUGAGAGGAACCAGGCAGGCGGUAAAGAAACAUUGGUUCUACAUUUUGCCACAUUUGAACUUUUUCCAAGGACAAGUGUCCAAAGACAUAGUUAAUGUUUCAUGGGAAAGACCAGAAUUGGCCAGCAGCAUCUGGCCAUGUCUUGGAAGGAAACUUUCCUUUUCCUCUUGCUGGUCUCCUACAGUUUUACAGCUGAGCUUUUGAGGUUUGGAAAAUUCAAGGGGCAGAAAGCAAGCAGGAGCCGGCUCUAGGUCUAGACUAAAAUUCUAAAGUCAAAACAACUUGAGCAUUAUUGGUGUCACGCAGAGUGAAUGUUUAGCAUGCACAAUCUUUAUGACUUUCAGGAAUACAUUGCCAGUUUCUUACGGAUUUCUGGAAAAAAAAAAAGGUGAAACUGAAUUUGAUUUAGAACUAACUCUGAAGACCGCAUUUGAAGGAUGUAUUGAUUCAAGGACACUGAAAAGCAAAUUCUGUCUUUUCCAAGACUGGUUAUUAAAUAGUACCAUCAUUUGGCACACACACUCAAAUUUAGCGCAACGUAAACUUUAAUGCAAAUAAUUUCUCUCUCUCUCUCUUUCUCUUUUCCCUCUCUCCUCUUUCUGUCAAUGUGGAUACAAAGUUCUCUGAAAAAGUAGCCCUUUGCUAAGUAAAUCUGGUUGGUAUGGAAAAAGCCAGUGGAAACCCUUAUCUUUAACAAGCUCCCAGAUGGUGCCCAGAUUUGGAAACUCUAAAGAGCAGUGGUGACCUUUUAGCCAAGCUUCUGUAACAGUUCGAAUGAGUUACAGAACAUUCCACUCCAUCAAAUGACACUGUAAACAAAUCACUUCAAGAGAGGUUUGGUUUUGUGUGACACAGAUGGACCCAAGCUUUCAUGCUGUGCACUGAGAUAGAAACUCAACUGCAUUGCCAGCACUGGAUAGAGCAAUGUGCUCAGAUGCUCAAAGCGUGUUCAAGAAAAGAGGAAUCAGUGUGGAAGCUAUCCAUGGGAAAGCUAUAACCCCCGGUGGGUACAUCAGUUUAAAAGUGUAUCAUGGUGACAAAGUUCCUCAGGAAUGGUUAAGGGUAAUAAGAAGUAUUGUUAGUGAAAGAUGAAGAGAACUGGGUUCUCGGGAUGCAAUUGCAUCUGGAUUGACUUGAGUAACGAAAUUAACUCUUCUCAGUGAAUUGGUGCAGCAUUAGUUGUACAAAGAACAUACAUGUAUGUCAUACAAAUAUGCAAAGAAAGGAAGACUAUGUAGGUCUUUUGAAAAUGUGCAUUUAAAUGAAAUUGUUUCUAGUGAGUUGUGCAAAAUGCAUGACUAUCUCCAGUCCCACUAAGGACACAGACAGUAAAAAAAAAAAAAAAAAAAAAAAAAAAAGACAAUGGGAUAUGUAGGUCUUUCCCAAAGUCAGGAAGCAACAAACAACCCUCUUCCUAUAUAGAUCGGUCUGUGAUCUUCAAACACACUUCACAGUCCCCUUGGAUUUUAAGCCCCUAAGUGGGUGUAUUCCUGCACAUAAAUGUCCACCAUUACUUUCAUGGAGAAGCUUAAGUCUAAUCCAUCAUGGGAAGCUAAUUACCCCCUCAGAAUGGAGGGCAGGAAGCAGGUUAUUCCCUUUUCAUCAAGAUCCAAGACAAAAUCCCUAUUUCUCUAAGAGAGUCUAUGUUGAAUAUACCUUUAAUAAAACAAAUGUAAUUAAAAUGGAAUGCUUCUUGGGUACACUGGGGGAGACCCAGACUAGGGCUAGUAAUAGAGGUAUGUUGUACAGAACAAGGUUGGUUAGGAACAUGAUUGUGAAUAAUGCAUUUUUAAAAUUGUUAUCAGGAAUUCCUCUACUACAAGGCUGAUAAGACUGUGACUCCAAUUCUACAGAGAUUAAUGAGAAACUUUAUCAGAGACAAAAAUUUCUCUUUGUUUAGGUCUGUUGGGAAAGAGAAUCUUCUAACAGAACUACAAUGUUAUGUACCCCCAAACCUCCUGUUUAUAUAGGCACACACACUGUUUACAGUCCAGCACACACAUAUACACACAUACAGACGUUCACACACAUACAAACAUGCACACACACACAGAUUUUUCCUCUACAGGGGAAUCAAGAGUAUAAAAGUAUAUACAUGAGAAUCUGAAUGGUUUAUAGACAAAUAGAAGAUGUUGUUCUAGAAAAUGACCUUCAGGGAACGAGAAGGCAAAGGUUCCAGACUUCCAGACUGAUAUUUGUAAAGAAGAUUCAUUUGUAUUACAAGGAAAUGACAUCGGCUCCUUCCUAACCUUAACAUAAAACAAGGGUGUCAUGGACAUUCACCUAUCUUGCCUCUUAGCAUGAUUUGGUUUGAUAGACCACAGGUUCAGACUUUGCUAGUACACUUGUUUAAAUGUCAACCACUGGGUCCCACAUCAGACCUCCACAGAUUUGUAAUAGCUGUAGUGCCCAGGAAUCUACAUUUAAACCAGCCUGCUCAGGUGCUUCUAACCCAGUCAAAAUCUAAGAGUCAUUAUUGGGGCUUUCACUUGACAGAUCAGUCAGCUCUAAAAACAGGAACCUUGUCCUGGUUCUCUGCUAAUAAGUAUUAGUAAAGUAAAAUAAAUUUAUUCCAUGGCCAACCUUUUUCCUUAAUGACAUUUUCCUCCCAUUUUAUUUUUUUUUAACCUUUUAUUUAAUGAAUAUAAAUUUCCAAAGUACAGCUUAUGGAUAACAAUGGCUUCCCUCCCCCCAUAACUUCCCUCCCACCCACAACACUCCCCUUUCCUGCUCCCUUCCUCCCAUUUUCCAAGUAACUUCUCUUUCAAUAAAAAUGUACUACACAUUGAGGAAUAAUUUGCCACUCAUUUGGCAAAAUUACUCCUUCUCCAAUUCUCUUCUGUAUCACUCCUUACAAGAUGGCCUUUUUCAUUUUCUUAUCUUGUUCAUCUUUUUUUCUUUUAUCUUCCAACCCUUAAAAAAAAAAGCCCUUCAACCUCUGAUUAUUUAUUGAUCCCAACAAAAAGCUCCUCAAUGGAGUGAAAGUCUUGACAGUUCUCUCAACAUGCAAUGUUCUGUUUUUCUUCAAAGAUAGCAAUUGUUAUAAACUACUCGCUCUGAUUUGAAAAUACAAGUUCUGAUGAUGAAACCUUGACCCUCUUAAAUAUAUACUCUGAUUUAUAGCAAUAAUAACAAUUGUAUUAAUAACCAUUAU